AGGACUAGGACGCGCGAGCCAUUGGGUGGAGCAGCAGCGUCGCGUGCUGCGGAAUACACUCAGUAGGUCGUUAACGUUAACGCUGCGCGGUUUGGUUGCAGAUGCAGGUCGCUGAGUGUGAGCGCGAGGCGGGGGGAAAUGGCGUACGGGCGCGGGCGGCGGUGCGCCUUUCUGUGAGGAUACAGUGAAGAAAAAAAAAAAAACACCCCAAGCUCGAGCGGACACAGGCGGGCAGCUCGAGGACAGACGGGAGAAGUAAGGAGACGAACCAUGGAGGACUCCGAGCCCGCAGAGGACGGCUUGCUCGCGGGCUUGCGGUGGAACAGGAGCGCACGAGACCAGGCUCAGCUCAAACAUAAAAUCCGGGAUCUGCCUGGACUACUCAAGCACGGGCUGCACCUGCGGAAGAAGAGCCAAUCACCUGACACUAUUCCUGGACCGAGCUCUGGACCUACAGUAAACAAGUCUUGUUCGCAGAGUUUCCCAUGUGCCGGCCGGGCUGUGAGGAACGCCUUCCUCUCUAACGGACCGUACCCCGCCAAAGACAAGAUACACCUGGCCAGAAUCAUACGGCGCAGCUAUGUCGGGGUGGAGCUGGUGCAGUGGCUGUGCGAGCAGUGCGUGUACGUGCGCUGUCGGACCACCGCUGUGCGCGUCUGGCAGGUGCUGCUGGAGCUGGGAGUCCUGCUGUCUGUCGACCAGCGGGUGGUGUUCUCCGACUCAAACUCUUACUACCAAUUCAGCUUUGAGGAGUGUGACUCCGCCUCCUGUGAGUUCCGCUCUAAUGAAGGGGAUUGGCCAGAGGCUGUUAGGCUCCUCCUACAACUCGCCCCAUACGUUCAGUUCCGUUCUGGAGGCGGAUCCAACAGCCCGUCAGAGGAAGACUCUGAAGGGAACAGGGACAUCUGCAGUGAGAUUCUCCAGAUGAAAGCUCUGGAGAGGCUCACCUCUACGGUACAAAGUGAGUUGGCGGCAGCUCUGGCUCGAAAGACUCGCAAAGCUUUAUCAGAGCAGGACUCUGACACGACAGAAACGAGCCCACAGGAGCCACGCACGCCCAGCGAGGAGAGCAGCCCGCUGGGCGGUGUGUGCGCACUUCGGGACGGUGGUGGUGGAGUUGGUGGUGGUGGCGGAGGGAUUGGGAGCGUGUGCGGGCGCGAGGAGCUAACCAGCCGGCUCGGGUUGGAGGCCGUACAGAGGCUGGCGAAGGAUGGCUGCAGGCUGCUGCAGAACCACAACUACAGACUGUCCGACAGAAACCAGGCAGAGGCGGUCGGGAGGGUUUGUCUGAAGGAAAGAGGAAGAGACGUGUUGGUGUUGCGGAGAGUGACAUCAUCGGUGACGUCGCCAUCAGACCGGCCCUCACCCACGUCGUCGGGGGGCGGUUCCAGAGAGGAAGAUUGCGAUAAGAGGUAUGUGGUGGUGUCUGGGACUCCACUAAAGAUCCUGGAGCAUCUGCUAAGUGACCUGAGGUUGGAUGACCAAAGAGGGGCACCAGAGAGCCGGGAGAGCGAAAUGCUGCUGGAUGACUUCCUGUUGACCUACCUGGUGUUCAUGUCCACCAAUGACCUCUGCCAGGCUCUACUGGGACAUUAUAGCAGCGCUCGCUGCAGGGGCCAGGAGGAGGGCAAAGACGCCCUCUUCAGGAAGCGUAAGGUACUGCAGUUGGUGUCCCACUGGAGCAGACUCUACAAGGACUUCCUCAAAGAAGAGGAGCAUGUCAGGAGCUUUAUGAAGACCCUGUACAGGUGUGUGCUAGAAGACCUGUAUGAGUUCCCCACACUUGAGAAAGACCUGAAAGAGUUCCAGAAACUUCUACGUCGUAGACACACUGUGGAUGACUGUCCACCUAAUCAGAAGAGUAAACAAACGUAUCAGCAGCUGAGUUUGAAGGAAAACUGUUUACAACUGAGAAGCCCACCAGCAGAGACCAGAGAGGUAAUAUGCUGCGUCUACGUGAGCGCUGACUCCUACCUGAGCGUUCACACACACCCCUCGCUAGAGGCCCACGAGCUGCUGAGGAUUGUGGGUCUGAAGAUGGACAGAGCAGAAGAAGACAUGGUGCUCACUGUGGUGUCCCACACUGGAGAGCGGAGGGUGUUGCAGCCCAGCGACUGUGUGUACUCAGAGUCUCUGACCCCACAGGGAAAGCUCAUGGUCUGUCGCAGGGACCUGACUGAGAUCUUGCCUCCAUUAACAGACAGCGCUGAACUCAGCAGGAGGGCGGUGCGACUCUUAGGUAUUAACACCUGGGAUGUGGCCGCUGCUCUCACUCACCUGGACUGGGGCCUCUUUAAAUCCAUCCAUGAGCAGGAGCUGGUGUACUACACUCUCAGCCGUGCUCCUGGCAGCGGCCACACGGCGGCGCUCUCAGUUCUUCUGCAACGCUGCAACGAGGUCCAGCAGUGGGUCAUGUCUGAGGUGCUCAUGUGCGUGUCGCUCAACAAGAGAGUACAGCUGCUCAAGAAGUUCAUCAAGAUCGCUGCUCACUGUAAAGCGCAAAGAAAUUUGAACUCUGCAUUUGCCAUCAUCAUGGGUCUUAACACGGCAGCCGUCAGCCGACUUAACCAAACCUGGGAGAAAUGCCCAGGGAAAUUCAAGAAGCUUUUCUCUGAGUUGGAGCUCAUCACGGAUCCUUCUCUGAACCACAAAGCCUACAGAGAAGCCUUCAAGAGGAUGAAACCUCCCAAGAUCCCUUUCAUGCCUCUUCUUUUGAAAGAUAUCACCUUCAUCCAUGAGGGAAAUAAAACCUUUCAUGACAACCUGGUCAACUUUGAGAAGCUGCAUAUGAUCGCAGACACGGUGAGAAUGAUUCGCCACUGCCAGAGCGACCAGCCAGGUAACGAGGUUAUCGGUGUGGACAGUGCGGAGGUGAGGGCGAGCGUCCACUACCUGCACAUCAUCGACAAUCAGCAGACGCUUUUCGAGCUGUCGCACAAACUGGAGCCACGCGCUUAACCACACAGACACACGUGUUCUCUACUGUGCACAAAAACACCGGACUGUUGUGAGCACCGUGGACGUGUGACGUGGAGGACGCUGUGUGACAGUCUCACAUAAACAGAGCUACAGAACAGCAAGUGGACAAUGUGACGGUGCCAGUUGUUGUGACAUGAAGACAGAGCAUGUUCUCUGAAGGCUUACAAAUAUGGACAGAAAAGACUUCGCAAAGGCUGAAAACGCUUCUUUUGAACUGUCUAUAGGAAGAGAUGGAGGAGAAUGCCAAACAAGAGGAAGUUGUAACUAGUUUGUACAGUAUCUAUUGGACUGAAUAUGCCCUUGUUUUUGUUCCUGUGAUCAGCUUUUUGUUAUUUAAGAGCCUGCAAACAGGUGUAAUGUUCCUUUAUUUCUGUAAAAGCCUCCUGACAAACAAGAAUUUAACAGCUUUUUAUCAUUUCAGCUACAAACAGACUGUUUAUGUCUGCAAAAGGGUUUAAUACCAGGGCCUGGUUGUUCAAAAGGUUUUUGGAAUCUGCUCUUUUGCUAUCCAGGAUCAGGUAAUCCACCUCACUUUUGUCUUGAUUUAUUAUUAUUUUAAUGUAAUUGUAUGCUUUUCCUUAUUCUGACUCAAACCCACAUUGCUAGUGUCCUGUUGCACCAGCUAUCUGUAACUUAUAUUUUAGGUUCUGGUGUAAAGUCCAGCAGGUUUGUUUAAAACUUAAGUUUCCUCAGUUUUGCACUACAAAGACUUAAGUAGUAGUGCACAUCCUUGCAGUUGCUUUAAAGGGAUAUUUCAGAAUUUUUGAAGUUUGGUUGUUUAAGGUUCUUGCAGUAGUAGUGGCAUUAUCCUCCAGUGACUUCUGUGAGUGUUUCCCCUUCAAACAGGAAGCUCUUGGAGAAGCUAGGCUGUACCUCAUAGCAGAUGGGAAUGGUUUACCCGCAUUAUUUAGCGGGUUUUAAAUUUGGCAAAAAAAACAAUGUUGGCUAAAUUGUACACUAUAGCAAAAGUUUUUGAAGCCUUUCAGUUUUCACCCAGAAAGCCUCUGUUAGACACUACAUUGCGAUGCCAGCUUCAGCUGCGUGCUCUCCUGCCUCAGCGUAUCUGAACAGCUGUUUGGGUCUGUGGCUUCAACAGAGACAAAAACUAUAAACUAAUCUAAAACUAGUUAUUACAGCUCAGUUUCCGACUUCAACAGCUGACGCAUUGUUUUCAUAUACUAAACACAUUGUUCUGACUGUAGCUUGUCUGAUUGUCAGCCAGUAGCACAAUAGAGCGACAGCCAUGAAUUUCCUUGGAUGAUAAAUUUUCAUUCAGCUCUUCCAAUCACGAUCAGUUUCUCCAAAAAGUUGGGUCUAAAAGUUGAGGAACAUCAGUCAAAUGCCAGCAUUUGGUAAGGCAGGGAACUCUGGAUGGGGAGUGAUGCAGGCUGUAGGCAUCUGUGAGCUGCUAUCCAUGAUGGUGGACAUGUGCUCACAGUUUCCACACCUACACCAGCAGGUAACUCGUGAUCUCUUCUGCUAAUCAGUCUCCACUUCCCUCUUUCUUCCAGCUGAGUCUCUAUCUGUAGAAGUUCCUCUGUGUACUCCAGGUCAUAAAAGUUUGUUUUCGUCUCUGCCGAAGCAUGCAGACCCAAACACCUGAUCAGAUACGCUUUGGCAAAAGAGCACAUAGUCGGUAGCCGAAGCUUGCAUCGCAAAAAAGUGCCAAGCGCAGAGGCUUUCUGGGUGAAAAAAUAAAAUGCUUAAAAAAAUGCUGAUAUCGCGUACAAUUGACCUGGCAUUGUUUUUUGGCCUGUUUUUACCUUAAACUCACUAAAUUACCUGGCACAGCUGUACCCAUCUGCUACGCUAUAUAUUCUAACAUGUCUGCAGAUACAUGCAGUGAAUCUUCAUAAAAAGGCAACGCUCACAGAAAUCACGAGGGGCAAAUGCAGCUAAUAUUGCAAGGUACCUACUGCCAGUGGUUCUCAACCUGGCGGUAGACACUGAGAGGGGGUAGCAAUAUGCCUCCCAAGAAACAAAGAAUAUUUUAAAGAGAUUUCAUAUUGUGUAUUUUAUCCAUUUCUAUAAAAGUAUAUACACAAAAUUAGUUACAUGUAAAUUAAAAUCAUGGUCAUAUGGUGAGAUAAAUGCUUAAAUCAAAGUAAUAUUUGAAAAAUCUUUAAAUAAGUAACUCUGUACAUAACUAUUCUUAAGUUCACACGGCUGUGUUCAACUAUACUUUAUCCACCUUCAGGUACAGUGGGGGUCCCUGGUCUCUGGUCCUUUUGUUUUGGAGGCUAGGGGCUAAAAGUUGGAGAACUCCUACCUUAUCCAACCCAGCUUUAAAAACACAGAAAUAUCCCUUUAAAGCACGGAUAAGUAACUUUUUGUAUGUGUUUGUGGACAAAGUGUCUUGUACAACGUAUCCAUUCAUCUUUAGCAGUCAAAUGUAUGAACUUAAGAAUCUGCCCUGGAAAAAAGGUUAUUUCUGAAGUUUCUUUACAAAGACGCUUAAGAAUAAUUGAACUAUAAUUCAAAAUCAGUCCCUAUACUAAUGGUCAGGUUUGCUUUUAACCCCAUAAAGAUGCAUCAGUAUUCAUUUUGAUCUGUCUUGAAUGGCGAGGGAAAAGAAACCUCCUUACAGGAGCUUUAAAUAGAUCAAAGAUUUCAAAGCCUUGGUUCAGUCUGAUAUUUUAAUCUGAUUAGUACUUUUGAACAACUGGGCCCUGAUGUCUUCACCCUGCGUUUCUACGUGGUCUUAUAUAAUUUCAUGUGCACAUCACAAACCUGCCUUUUCACGCAUGUACAUCCAGGAUACAUGCCAGUUCUUUUGGUGUAAGACGUGAAGCUUAUUUUGGUUCUUGUGCGGUAUCGUAUUAUGUAACUCAAGCAGCAGCAGCCUUCUCUGAAGCAGUACAACACUUUCACGUACCUACACUUUCUUCUCCUGACCUUUUCUACCACUGAGGCUCUGUCUUUACACUUCACAUGUAGAGCCUCAGGAGGUGGAGCGUUAACAGUGCAUCACUUCUGGUGGGUUUGGGAGCUUCAGCUCUCGUGAACGUGCCAGAGUUUGAACACUGUUGAUGAAAAGUGAACACUUUUUGUACUUUGAAGUCCUGGUUGACUUUUAUCUGAACACUCCUCAUGCACUCCUCUCGCUGAUGUUUUUGUGCAGAUAUUGAUUAUUUAACUUUGUAUAUAAUAUGGACCUAUACAUUAUUUUCAGUGCCAAAUGUCACAGCUUUUGUUUGUGUAGAUUUGUGUGACUCCUUUCUGACAUGUAAUGACUGACUGCAGGCUGUGGGGUAUUAUCGAGGGUGUAAUGGAAACACAGCCCUGAUGUAGAGCUUUUUCAUUUUGGUCCUUGAGUUUUAUUAUGUGACGAAAUGAGUCGAAGCAGGGUUAAACUUAGGAAAGAAAAGGCAUAGUUGGACAAAAUCAACACAGUUUUGGACAGAGUUACGGAAGCACAAAGGCACAGGUGUCUUCUAUUUAAGUCAGACUUCCUGGUGGGAUUUCCACAGGUUUGUUUCACCCAUUAAUAAUGCUUAUUCCUUGUUACAUUUAGGGAUGCGCAAUAUUAGAUUUAGCCAGUACUUAGGAACUCUCUUUAUAAGAACUGAGGGUUAACAAAGACCUUAGGUCCUGUCUAAAACGCCACAAACAUAUUCUUUAAAAAGUUGAUAUUUACAGCAGAUAUAUCUGUUGAAAUCAUCAGCAGAAGUUUUCAUAUUUGCAGAUACCAAUGAUUAAGUCAAGGUUAAUAUUGGCCUAUAUUGAAAUCAGGCUAAAUACAUUGUGCGUCCCUAGUUACAUUAGUUACAUUACAUUACGUUAGCCGCUUAGCUAAAUUUCCACUGAAGAGUCCAGGUCUGUUUGGUUCAAUACGAUAUUCAAUUAUUUGCUUUUCCACUGUUAAAACUUGGAAAAGGUACCAUCAAUCUCUUAGGUUGUUUCCACCAAGCAGUCUGGUUCUGUUGACGCUGUACGAGUUAAAUUGCGUUUCCAUUAUCAAAAGUUGAAAAGGAGCCUGGUAACGUUAACUUAGGUGGGCCCUGAUUACCUAGGAAUUGUGCCGUAACAAGUGGUUGUAAUAAGUUGGCAUUUUAUCAAGUAAUAACCAUAAUAUUAAGGAAGAAUUUAUUAAUGUAUUAAUGAUCAAGUAAUUCCUUUUAAUAUUGUGGCAAUUCUCUGGUAAGUUGUAUUUCACCCUAACCCUAAAGAUCACAUGAAAAUUAUUCAGGAAAGACUCACUUUAACUUAGUGGGCCUAAAUAAAGAAAUUGCUUGAUAUAUUUAGUAUUACAAUGGUUAGGGUUAGAGGAUUAAAGAGAGUAAAAUACCUCUUAAUUACAAGAGGAUUGCCAUAAUAGUGUGAGGGUUAGGGUUAAAUACCACCCCUAAUUAUUGUGAGGGUUAGGGUUAGGGAAAAAUACCUCUUAAUUACCAGAAGACUGCCACAAUAUUAUGAGGGUUAGGGUUAGAGAGUUAGGGUUAAAUACCUCUUAAUUACCAGAGAAUUCCCACAGUAUCAUGAGGGUUAGAGUUAGGAUAACCAGAGGAUUUCCACAAUGAUACCAGGGUUAGGGUUAGUGUAAAAUACCUCUUAAUUACCAGAGGAUUGACAUAUAAUAUGAGGCUUAGAGUAAGAGAGUUAGAGUAGAAGACCACCUAAUAGCCAGAGAAUUGCCACAAUAUUAUGAGGGACAGGGUUAGGAUAAGGGUGUUAGGGUAAAUUACCACUUAAAUUACCAGAGAAUUGCCACAAUUUUACAAAGGUUAAGGUUAGAGGCUUAAGGUAAUUACCAGACUACGCCACAAUAUUACAAGGAAUUAAUUGAUAGUUGACCCAUUAUUGCUAGGUAAAUACUUCCUUAUUAUUACCAAGUUAUACUUGGUAAAAUGCCACCCUGUUAUUACAUAAUUACCACCUUAUUCUUGAGAAAGUACUAGAUAUUUACCACUUAUUAUGAUAAACUUUCUAGGUAAUUUGGGCCCAGUAAAAUUAAGUGCUACCAGGAUUCCAAAUAACCAACCUCUACCAUCCUGUUUCUUGGCAUCCUUUCUAAGGUUUGCCAAAUGUGUCGUCCCAAAGACAGACUAAUAUCUGCUUAAAUUAGGGACAUUUGGACUUGACAGAGAUCCAUACUGUUUCCUGGACUAUAGACUUUAAUGUAUGGCCACAAAUCAGGUUUUUUGACAUUAUGUAGACCUUUUCUAGUACAUGAAGCAGAGCCUGGGGGCUCAUACCAACCUGGUUCAUCAGUGAUUGAUGUGGACCUGAAUCACUGUAGAAGUUUUGUAAUUACGAAGCUUUAGAUCAGCUGUUUCUCUGUAUUGCAGUGAUUUAUUUGCUUCUUUUAACUUUAGCCAAUCUAUGAAAAUAUGUUGUUAGAUCUGUUUUCUAAACUUCAAGCUGUAUUUUAAAACAAGAUGAAAGUACUCCAGCUGUCUUACUUAAUCUAGUUCAGUUUUAACACCAGUUAAACCCCCACUUUAUUUUCAGUUUGACAAAUGCAGAUGACACAGCUUUUAUAUUAUGUGCUAUAAACUGUUACAGAGUUGGAUGCAGGUCAACAGUUCAUGCAGGGAUUUGCACUGCCUGUGAUGUCACAUGCAUAUCCUCUGCAGUCCGUCCACCAAAUGAGGGGUUUACCAUACAGAACCAUGCCAAACUGUUCCACUGGACCACCUGGUGGCCUCUAUGGUCCUAUAGUUCCCUGAUUGCCAAAACAACUGAGACUUCCUAUGCAACAGCAGUAAUGAUAGACAAACAUUGCUAUGUUUAAAUGUUAAACUGAACCUAAACAGACCGCUUGGUGGAAGCUUUCUGAACCAAACAGAUCCUUAAACUCUGACUCGAUUCCUCUGUAGACGUAGGGUUAAAAGAAAAACCCUUCCUAUGGAACCAAAACAGUUCUUAAAAUCUGGCAAACCUUCCUCUUACCUCUUCUUUUGUCCUUGCCCUGUAUCAGCGGUACACUUCUGCUGAAAGCUGGGAUUCCUGUAUGUUAUGAAGCGGUGCAUGCCUUCUUGCAUUGUGGGACUAGUUAUGAAAGGGUUUAGUGCAAUACUGAAGAAAUGUUGUUGCCACACAUGUUUAUCCUCAUUUCAACUCCAAGCCAAUGAAAGCACAGAGCUGCUGCAGAUAUUUCUGAAUCACAGGACAAAAAGGACUAAGAGUUCCUGAAUAUUUCAGUGCCAAAAGCAUGUAUGGUUCAUUUCAAAUUAGAUCUUAUCCCAGUAGGACUGACUGACUAAUAAGCACUUUGUGUUGUAAGCAGUUCAGAGAUCAUGUGUAAAUUGAUGUCUGUUGAAGUCUGAAUUUUACAUUUUGUUGUUAUUGCAACUCUUUCAGUAGAUAAUCCAACUAUCUGCAUCUCCAGAUAUCACAGAAACUAUUCAUGAUUGACACUGGAGUUGAAAAUUAAAGUUAGCGUACAGUUUGAUCAGAGUCGACAGCAAAGAAAAGGCCUUCAGUCGUCUUUUUUUCUUCUAUCCUGUACAUGAUGCUCACAUGCACAAACACAUUGUCUUCAAAGAGCAGCACACACGUGCGAUACUGGUUAUUUAUUGUAAUAUAUAGUUUAUUUAUUUAUUUUUGAGGUGACAAAACUACAUGUGCCAAGUUCAGAGCUUUGCCAUUGUCAAAGAGCUUUCUUUAGCAGAAAAGAUGUUUGUGGUUUGGAAUGUAGAAGCGACUUGUCCUGUUUUGUGGCCACUAGAGGGCAGCAGAAGAGCAAGUCAGUGUGAUGAUGCUCUCUCUCCUCCGAUGCCACCUGCACCCAUGGACAGGAAACCAACAGGAAGUUGUCUGUAGUGUUUUCUCUGCUGUUGUCAUGACUGUGUUUUUAAAUUGAUGCAUUGUUGUUCGGACCAGUUUGCAUGUUAGAAAAAAAAAUCCCAACACAAGAGAGGACACACUGAAGGCUUUGUACUAUUGUAAUAUUGUUGAUGUGUAAAUAUAUGCCCAUGUUUGGUAUGUUGUUCUUAUUUAUCAGUUGUAAAUGAAGAAAACAGUCCACCACAAAGCAAUACGUCUCCCCUGGUGUCCCCUCAACCCUCUGACAGCUGAAGCCACAUGUCUUUUCUAAAGCUGCGUUUUACUAUGUCAGAUUUGACUGAAAUGAAUAAAUUAUAGGUUUUAUGUGA